UUCUGCAAGUCGGACAUCCAGAAAAACCCUUCGGCAGUGGCAUGAGCCAUGGGGACCUGCGCAGCAAGCAUGGCCAGUGUGUUGCCUUGUCAGGGCAGCUCGUUUGUUGGAGACACUGAGAUCGUACCUCCUGAAUCGCGCGCAGGACGCGUUCCAGGUGUGGCGGUAUCCCUUGAGGCCCUUGUGACGGGCAAGACCGGGAGUCCGUCGCCGGUCUUGGAGGCAGUCCUGGCUGGUCGCAAGAUGGAUCUUGAGCGUGCGCAGGCAAUUGCCAAAGACAUUGCCAAGCCCGAGUAUUCGCUGGCUCAGUACUAUCAGGACCUGUUGGCGACCUUCCCGGAGCUUCAUCUCUUUAGCCUCGAAGGGCUUUCUGUCGAGGCCGCUGACGACUCUCCUGAGGGCCUCGCAACCGGUGGUAGAGCUGCCGGGGAUGAAUUCCAGCGCACCAUGGGCGCCUUCUUCGCGAUCUACUGGCUCUUCCGUCUCAACCUCGAUGGGAAGCAUGGCUUUUGCCGUGGCGUGGACGAUUCUUGGAGGCCUUUGACCUUCCGUGAAGGGGAAAGCGAGAAGUGUGGAGUCUUCUAUGGUGACGGCGAGAUUUGGAAGCACUUUCAAGACCUGAUGCUUGAUGCAGGUCUAUUGGUGAAGGAGGGCGGGGCCACUCGCGUUGAUCCAGAGUCAACUUUGGCGCUUUUGGUUCUCACUGCCCUGCACGACAUCAUGAAGAUCAACGCGCUGCUGCCCACGGUGCAACGGGCGGAUGCCCCGUACCGAGGCUACCUGGAAGCUGAAGUGAUUGCAGAUCAUGACCUGGCCAUCUUCUACAUCAUGGAGCAGCACACUCACAUCCUCCCAUCCCUAUGCCAACUCCCGGGUCAUUUGCAACAAGUGGUGCAGACCGUCUUGAGUGGACUGGCCUUCAACAACGGAUGGUUUGUGCAGGCAGAGGCUCCGCCAGGAGCUGUUUUCCUGGGCAUCAAGGCAGCGAUCAUGGCGCGUGAUCGUGGGGGAAGACGUGUGAGUCGCCGCGAUUUGAGCCUCUACUUCGUGCACUGGCUGACGGACCUGGCGGGCGCGGAGCCCACGCCGCUCUUCGGGUGCAACAAGCUCACGUCGCAACUGCCAAUGCCAGUCCUGAAGAGCUUUAUGAAGUCCGUGAGGUACAUUCAACAACUGGCUGAUCGCACAGAGACGGAGGUCAUGGAGAGCUAUUUGAAGGACCGCUGGAAGGAUCAUCGUCCAUCCAUGGGCACCUUGCCCGCGGGCGCACACGCGUUGGCGAAAGCACGGCUCUUGUGCAUGGCUCAGGGGAAUGCCAAGAUUGUCCUCGACGCGUUCGAAAAGCUGUCGCCAGAUGAUCAAGAGGUCCUGAGUGUGGAGAUGGCACGCACGGGUGCUGAGAAUCAAAGCUUUUCCAAGGGAUUUGUCCCAGAUUCCGUGAGGCAAGAGUUGUUGGGACCAGCCUUUUUGGUCUACUAUGGGCCUGCGUUCUUGCAGAGGAUGGGUACUGACAGCCCCGUGCGCCGCUUGGAGAUUCUGGCAGAGAUCUACCGCUGUGCGCGCAAGCUGUGGCCGGCCAGCGCCGAGCAAGCGGGGCAGUGCGUCACCGUGCGCAUCGAUGCCAUUACGAUCCAGGGGCAAUGGAGCAGUUCUGAUCCGGAACUCUUGCUUGUGAGGAUGUGCAGCAGCAAGCAGGCCUGCCUGGAACGAAGGCCAGAAGACGCAAAGAAGAACCGUGAGGACAACACCAUUUUCCUGUUCGACACCGAGCCACCGACCUUCCUCCCAGGGGCACCGGAGCUUUGUUCGCAAGAGGAGAUGAUCCGACGAAUCAGCAAAGAAAUGCUGACCAAUGGGCAAUGGUAUCGCAAAGUGGCCUUUGCCUUUCUUCGUCCUGCGAAGCCAGGAGAAGUGAUCACCACCAUGGUGAAUGGAAAGGAAGAGACGCGGAACACCGCUCAGGAGGGCGACUUCGUGGUGCAAGCGAACACCAAGUGGAAGGAGAACUACAUUUUAUCACAUGCAAGGACCUCUGAGGCUUAUGACUUAUCCAAUCCGAUGGAGAUCCCUCCUGGUCGGCCUGAUGCUUCACAACUCACUUCUGAUGGCUUCCGUUGCUAUAGGUCGCGUACACGCAUCAAGGCGUUGAAAGCUACCGACGAACUCCUGCGCAGGCAUUGUCCCUUCAAGCGCUUCAUGGCGAAGUGGGGCACUCCUUGCGUGGUGCAAGUGGACGACAUGUUGGCGGCACAGGUCACCGGAGAUACGGUCACAGAGAUCUACAGGAUUGAGAAAACGGUCUUCAGGGAGACCUUUGUCCCCGACAAGUGAAGAACUCGACAAAAAUCUCGGCCUCGACAAGGGUGGAAAGGGAUAGUGCAAAGGGCAAGGAGUGCAAAGCAGUGUAGCUCCUUUUCCCCCCCCAAACAUGCGAUAGGU